CUCUCGUUCGUUUGUUCGUUAGGGAAUCCCAAAUCAAUAUACUGUUCUCCAACCUUAUCAACCCAUGUCUAGAAGCCCAUUUAUCGGAGUCGGUCGUAAAUACAUAUUACUUUAAUACUUUAAAGCGUAUUAUAUGCUUAUAUUUCCUCACUUGUAAAAAAAAAUUAACAUUCAAGACAGGACCGCGUGCUUCCGAUGGGACUAAACUUCUUCUGAGACAUAACGAUGCUGUGAAACAAAGCACACCUUUCUACAAGGUGAGCGCAUCAACCUAAGCCAAUCCCCUCAGAGCAUCUACACCGGUCGCCGUGAAGAUGGACACAAAGGAGCGGCGGCACUGCUCCCUGACCCGGGGCCGCUGCAGGAAGGACUUCCACCAUGCCAUGGCGUCCCUGGAGCCCGAGGAGUGCCGCGUGGCCACCCAGAAGUCCUACAGCUCCAGCGAGACGCUCAAGGCCUACGACACGCGCCUGCGCUACGGGGGCUGUGUGGCAGAGCUGGUGCAUCACGAACAUGAGGAGUACGUCCGCCAAGCCUACGUGGAGCUGGCCCCCAUCGGCAUCAGCUAUUUCCUGUCAGGUAUGCACUACACAGGUAUGUGCCACAGCCAUACUGGAUCUGUAUCCCCUGCACCAGCCUUGGGGACAUAUACAGUGAAGAUUCCUCCAGUGUCCAGUCCCAAAUAA